ACAGCAAGCCAAAGGAAAAUAACAAUGGCAACUCCAAAGACAAAGAAGAACCGCAUAUUCCCAAAGGGUUUGAAGGCUUCUUUGGCAAGGAGACACCCAAGCAUUCAAAACAAGCUGCGAACGAAGCGGCCGAACAAAACGCCAAACGAGCCUCGGACGAAGUUCCGAAACCGCCCAAAGGCAACAACAAGAACAACAACAAGGCCGGCGGUAACAAACCACCGGAGAUGCCCCAGAUCAAUAUGAAUAUGGUACUAGGUACUGCAUUUGGUACAUGGCUCAUGUGGAAGAUGACUUCUCCGGCCGACAAUGCUCGCGAAGUCACAUGGCAAGGAUUCCGUACUUCAUUGCUCGAUAAGGGUAUCGUCGAUCGUCUCACCGUCGUCAAUCGCAACCGAGUUCGAGUUCAUUUGCGUCCCGAAGCCGGUUCCUUGGGCGUCUCACCGCAGCAAACCUUUGUCUUUAGCAUCGGCUCCAUAGAGAGCUUUGAACGCAAAUUGGAAGAAGCACAAAACGAGCUCGGUAUUCCCUCCAACGAACGAAUUCCCGUCGCUUACCGGGACGAAAUCAGUAUCUUCCAAACCGCUUUACAUUUCGCUCCCACUUUACUUCUGAUCGGUGUGCUCUACUACAUCACCAAACGCGGAGCCGGUGGGGCCGGUGGCCAGGGCAUUUUCGGCAUUGGCAAGAGUCGCGCUAAAAUGUUCAAUCAGGAAACCGAUGUCAAGGUCAAGUUCAAGAAUGUGGCCGGCGCCGAUGAAGCCAAGGAGGAAAUCAUGGAAUUUGUCAAAUUCUUGAAGAACCCGGCGGCUUACGAACGGUUGGGCGCAAGAUUACCGCGUGGCGCCAUUUUGUCUGGUCCUCCCGGUACAGGUAAAACCCUGCUGGCCAAGGCCACGGCUGGUGAAGCCGGUGUGCCUUUCUUGAGUGUGUCCGGUUCCGAAUUCGUGGAAAUGUUUGUCGGUGUCGGUCCUUCGCGUGUGCGUGAUUUGUUUGCGACGGCCAAGAAGAACGCGCCUUGCAUUAUCUUUGUGGAUGAAAUCGAUGCCAUUGGUAAAGCCCGUGGCAAAGGCGGUCACAUGGGCGGCAAUGACGAACGUGAAAGCACCCUGAAUCAGCUCUUGGUGGAGAUGGAUGGUUUCAACUCGGACGAACAUGUGGUCGUGUUGGCUGGUACGAAUCGACCUGAUGUGCUGGAUCCGGCUUUAAUGCGUCCCGGUCGAUUUGAUCGUCAUAUUGCCAUUGAUCGUCCAGACAUUGGCGGUCGUGCUCAGAUUUUCAUGGUCCACUUGAAACCGAUCAAGACCACCGAGGAUAUGGAACGAUUAUCGAGAAAAUUGGCGGCCCUGACCCCUGGCUUCUCUGGCGCUGACAUUCACAAUGUGUGUAAUGAAGCCGCCUUGAUUGCUGCACGUCACCACAAGGACAGUGUGACCGAGGUCGAUUUUGAACAAGCCAUUGAACGUGUGAUUGCCGGUUUGGAGAAGAAGUCGCGUGUGUUGUCGCCUGAGGAGAAGAAGACGGUGGCGUACCACGAAGCCGGCCACGCCGUCGCGGGCUGGUACUUGCAGUACGCCGAUCCCUUGUUGAAGGUGUCGAUUAUUCCUCGCGGAGUAGCGGCACUGGGUUACGCUCAAUAUUUACCAAAGGAUCAGUACCUUUAUUCGACCAAACAGUUAAUGGAUCGCAUGUGCAUGACCCUGGGCGGUCGUGUGUCGGAACAGAUUUUCUUUGACACCAUCACCACCGGUGCUCAGGACGAUCUGCAAAAGGUGACCAAGAUUGCAUAUGCGCAAGUGUCGACAUAUGGUAUGAACGAGAAAGUCGGUCCUCUGUCUUUCCACGAUCCCAACUCGGAGCAACAAUUCCAGAAACCUUUCUCUGAACAGACCGGUACCCUGAUCGAUGACGAAGUACGAAAGUUGGUCAAUGGAGCCUACACGCGUACCGUGCAACUGUUGACGGAAAAGAAGGGCGAUGUCGAAAAGGUGGCCAAGCUCUUACUGGAAAAGGAAGUGAUCACCCGCGAAGACAUGGAGAACCUGUUAGGAAGACGUCCGUUUGUGGAAAAGACUGUCUAUGACGAAUACGUUCGUCGCAAGGAAGUUUCUUCUCCACCGCCUUUUCCUGAGAGCAAACCCAAUGAUGGUGAAGUGAACUCGACAUAAUUUUGUAUAAUUUAAUUAUAUUCUCCUUCCUUUUUCUUUAUUUGCAUUACUUUGAAGACCUUCUUUGGAUUUCUCUUUUUUUUCCCCUCUUUUCGUAAAGAACCGCUUUGUACAAUUUAUUCAACUAGAGUUGUCAUUAUUUCCCUAAAACCACGAUCGAAUCGCAUCCACGAAAAUAGGAAAAGCCAGAGAGACAGAAGUUUUGAUAUCAAAUCAUUUGAAAGUUCAACCAUUUGGCACAAACUGACCCUUGACAAGUCAAC